AUGUCACUUGAUAAAGCUUCAAGGUUGAGAAAAUUGCAGAUCAAUGAAUUGGAUGAAGCUCUUUGGGAUGCCUAUGACAACGCUCAGUUGGCGAAGGAACGCAUGAAAAUUCUACAUGAUCAGAAAAUUCAUCCCAAGCAUUUCACACUUGGCCAGGAAGUUCUUCUUUAUAACUCUCGCUUACAUAUUUUUCCUGUUAAAUUGAAAUCCCGAUGGAGUGGGACAUACAUUGUAAAGAAGGUUCAUCUUCACGGGACAGUAGACAUUGUCAAUCCGAAGAAUGGAAAUAGCUUUACUGUCAAUGGACAACGUCUAAAGCCGUUUCUGAAGGUCUUUGAUCCACACGAAGAGAUCUUGCUUGUGCAAGGUUCUAGAGAAGUGUUUUGA